CCCCUGCCGGCUACAACCCCCACGGUGACGAGAGGGAGGGGUGCGAGGAGGCCAGGAGGCGCUCCCCCUCCCCCGAGGGAGCCCGCCACACCACCUGCCACACCCCCCCAUCCCCCUCACCACCUCGCCAACAGCCUGAUGGAUUCUGGGCAGGGCGAGUGCCCGGGUGGGGGCGGCCCGCUGCCCCCUGACGGCCUCCACCCGGGGCUGACUCACCCUGGGGCCUCGCUGCCCCUGCUGCUGAUGAGCUCCGGGGCGGGGCUGGCGGGGCUGUCCCAGGCACACCCAGACCUGCCCAAGACCGUGGACGUGUCCGUGGAGACCACGCCCAUAACCAAGCAGGAGCCGCCCUUGGUGUCGCUGGAUGACAACGAUGGUGACGACAACGGCAUUGAGGUCAUCGAGGAGAUCCCCUGCAGCAGGAACAGCCUGAUGCACGUCCGCAAGCCCUUCUACCACACUGGCACCAUUACCACUAUGGGGCGCAAGAGGAAGGGGUGUGGUGAGUGUGAGGGGUGCCAGGUGGUGGAGGACUGCGGCCAGUGUCGUUUCUGCAGGGACAAGGCAAAGUUCGGUGGCCCCAAUCGGCUCAAGCAGGUGUGUGUGUACAAGCGCUGUGUCCUGGCCGAGAUGGAGCCCGAGGAUGCCAAGAAGAGGAGGAAGACUGCCGGCAAGAAGGGGCGUGGGAAGUGUGGUGGCUGUGAUGGCUGCCAACGGACAAUAGACUGCAAUGAGUGUUAUGCCUGCCUGCACAACGCCGCCGCCCAGCCACCAGCACGCCGCAAGGUGUGUGAGAUGCGGGUGUGUGAGCAACAGCAGAUGGAGGAGGUGCGGGCAGCCCUGAGCGUGGCUGGGGAGCCGUCACCAUACUCCACAGACUCCCUGAUGGCAGAGACCUUUGGCAUCAGCACAUCAGGUGCCUCCAGCCCCACACCUGAUGGUCAGGCCAGCACUCACAAUGACAAGAUGAAACUCAUGCGCAAGAUGCUGAAGAAGAAGUUUGCGCAGCCCUACAGCAGGGUAAGCCCCCCAAAGGUGCGGACCAAAUACUACUGCGGAGAGUGUCCCGGGUGCCAGACCACAGUGCCCUGCGGGAACUGCCUGUACUGCGAGGACAUGCCCAAGUUUGGCGGCCCGGGGCGGUACAGGCAGAAGUGUGUGAAGCAGCUGUGUGUGUACCACCCACGCCUUCAGGCCCUCAAGCUCUCCAACCGCACCAGACUGACCUAUGAUGAGCAGCACAUAUCCCAGGAAACACUCUCCCAGCUGGGCACCGUUAUCCCUGCCCCCGCCGACGAGGCCAUCGAUCUUGGGUGCGGGGACAGCCGGGAGCACCAGGAGGAGGUGGAGAGCCUGGAGGGGACGGAUCAGGCGGAUGAGGUGGAUGAUGUCACGGAAGGGGAGGACAGCAAUGCCACCAUCCAUGUGCUGGAUGAAGGGGAGACCAAGGAGAACAAGGAGGAGCCUCACUUUGGGCCAGACCGCUGCUCUCCUCUCCCUCACUCCCGCCCACACCUCCCCGCCUCCUCCUCCUCCCAACUCAUCCAUCACUCCCUCACAGGCCUCCCCCACUCCUCAGUCCUCACUCCUGCAGCUGCCGUCUUGUCAUCUGCUGCUGCUGCCGUUCUCUCCUCUGCCGCUGCUGCCGCUGCCGCCGCCGUCAUGCCUCCAUCGGCGUUCUCCUCUGCCGCCGCUGCCGCCGUCAUAUCAUCAGCAGCAGCCGCCAAAUCUACGUCAUCAAUUCUUUCAUCUGUUGUUGACAUUUCUGCCGUUGCUGCACGGUCACGUCUGCCAGGCCUCCCCCACCCUGGCAUCCUCUCCCAUGGUGCUGUCUUACCCCCUGUCCUGCCCCCUGCCACCCUGCCCCCAGCCACCCUGCCCCAUGUCACCCUGCCACACUCUGCUGCGGCGCUCCUCCACACUGCCCCCCUGCCCCACACUGGAGUCCUGCCACCCUCUGCACCUCUGCCACACACCCCCAUCCUGCCACCCACUCCCACCCUGCCACUCCCUGCUGCCAUGACAUCCACCCCCAGCCUGACAUCAACCACAACACUCCCAUCCACUCCCACCUUGGCCUCCACAGCACGCUUGUCUACUCCAGCCAUCACAUCUGCAGCACUCCCAUCCACUCCCACCCUGCCACUGACUGCAGCUCUCCUGGCCACUCCAACCCUGCCACUGACUGCAACACUCCCUGCCACACUCCCCCCCACCAGCACCCUCCCAUCUACUCCACCAGUGCCAGUUGUUUCUACUCCAUCAUCUUCUGUGGCACACCCAUCUACUCCAACUCUACCAUCCGCUACAGCACUCCCAGCUACCCCAGCCCUCCCUCCCACUGCAGCUCUCCCAUCCACCCCCAUUCUUCCACUCACUCCCCUCAUGCAUCCGUCUGUCAAGCCCCCAACUACCGCUCUCCCUCCCACUGUUCCUCUCCCAUCAGUUCUCCCUCCCACUCCACCCACCUCCCUCAUAACACCACUCGUCGGAGUGCCACCCUCCCUCCCGACUCUUAUCAGACGCUCCACUCCCACUCCACCACCCAUGUCUCCCACUAAUCGCCCAGACAGCAGUACCAGUCCUGCUCCAUCCUCCUCCUCCACCACAACCACCACUACUGUCACCACUGCCUCCACUUUCCCCAUCUUCAACACCAUUGGCACCAACACCACUCCUGCCACUGGUGUUGUCCUAGCUGCCACUGUUCCUAUUGCUACUACUACUACAACUACUACUAGCAUCUGUUUGCCUGCCUCACCGCUGGCCACCACUACUACCACUGUCAUGACUCCUCUCAGUGUUGUCACCCCAAUCACUCCAGUUAUCACCAAAGCUGUAACUCCUCCACUUAAUGUCACCACUGCUGCUACUACCACCCCUACUCCACUGCCACCUCCACCCACUGAGACCCCCACCACCAGUCCAACUCCCCCCACCACCACUACUGCUGCCACCACCACUACGGCAGCCAGCAGUCCCUCCCCACCACCCACCACCAUAGCCACCACAGCCACCACCACCACCACAGUUGUACCCUCCACCACAGUGUCCGAGAGCACCACUAGUAGAGCCACACCACCCCCAUCACCACCACCCACUGUCCCUACCACACCACCCUCCACGCCGCCCUCCACCAGCACCCUGCCCGACCCACCCUCACCUGCCCUCAUGCCAGCACCAAAAGACAUGGAAACAGCAGCGGGGAAUGAGACAGAGGGGAACGAGGAGGGAAAUGACGAGGAGUAUGAGGGUGAGACCAUUGACCUUACUGAGGGUUCGGACAUCCCCUCGCCCCCCUCCACCCCAUCACCCCGGCCCAAGCCACGGGGCAGGAUGCAGUUCCGGGGUCACGGGCGGGGCCAGGUGAAGAACAACAAGACCAACACCACAAUAGAGACACGCCAGCAGACAGCAGUGAGGAGGGGCAGCCGGAGGAGGACCACGAGAUUCAAGCUGGACCCUGAUGACAAUUCUGAGCAUAUGUUUCCAGACUUUGAGGAGAUGCUGGAGGAGCUGGAAGCAGGAGGGAGGAAGGAGACCAGCAGUGGGGCAGCAGCAGUAGCACCAGGCACCACUCACAAGGACUCCCGAGAGAAGAAGGCCCCACAGGACACUCCAAAAGAUCCCCAGGUGAACAGAGUGGACACCUCGAGCCCACUGGUCACCAUGGUGGGGGCGCGGGGCCACCUGGGGCAGCGGGCCAAGCUGGCGUACCCCGUUGUGGGGUGUCGGCCAGGCAAGAUGGUGAGCCGCGCACAGAAUACCGAGCCAGACAUCUUUGAGUUCCAGGAGGGGCGGGAGUGCAUGGUGGAGGGUAAGGUGGAGGCGGGAGAGGCAGUGGCCCUCAAGCGUGCUGGCCCAUGUGCCUUCCCAGAGGAGGAGCUGAGUCAGGGCGGCCGCGAUGUGAAUGAGAACGUUGGGGCCAUGAGUGAGGCUGCCUCGGCAUAGCAGUGAGAGGCCCAUGCCACUGCCGCCACCGCCGCCGCACCCAGGAAGUACAACCCCCACUCGCCCCCGGCCAGUGGUCCUAGAUGAUACUUGUACAGCACCACAUGCUGCACACACCCGUGCUGCCGGUGUGCGUGCGCGUGUGCGUGUGUGUGUGUGUGUGUGUGUGUGUGUGUGAGGUGUGCUGUAGGCUUAGGUGUUUGUGUUGAGACAGACAGAGAGAGAGAGAGAGACGGGGAUUGAGUGAAAGAAAAAAACUGGAAAGAAAGACUUGUGGGUGGAGCUUGAGGGAAUGAUGAGUGGUUCUGUGUUAACUGCUCUGUUGCUCAUGAGAGAAAGAGAGAGAGAGCAAGCAAGAAAGAGUGAGAGAUAUGGUGAUGCAAGCAGACAAGUUCCUGGAAGUAUGCAUUAAAGUAAAGAGCAACUUAAGCCUUCUGGUGCAAAAGACAGAUCUCUUCAUUUACAAGAGAUAGAUAGAUAGAUAGAAAGAGAGAGAGUGAGAGAGAGAGAGAGAGAGAGAGAGAGAGAGAGAGAGAGAGAGAGAGAGAGAGAGAGAGAGAGAGAGAGAGAGAGAGAGUAGAGCUAGUCAGGUGGAGUAGCCAGGAUCUACUCCUCAGCCAUGCAGUAAAGUAGAUGAGAAACAGUAAUAAAAAGACUUAGACACAAAAGUAGAGAGAUGAGAGAGAGGGAGAGAUAAGAUAAAGAACUGAUUAAACUUGUCAUUAUUUUUGGUGUAGCAUUAAGAGGACGUCUUACUUAAAACUGAAAAAUCAUUAAAAAAAAUACAAGCGAUUUAAGUGCCAUUUCAUUUUUGUUUCUGCUAAAAAUAAUGAUGACGAUGAUGAUAAUGCCGAGUUUAUAAGCUGUCGAAAUAUUCCUUAACUUUAUAAUGAUUAACUUCUUUUGUUUGAGAAAGUACAAAGUGGAGUGAGUGAGUGAGUUAGAUGAGUGAGUGAGUGAGGGAGGGAGAGUAGAGAGAGAGAGAGAGAGAGAGAGAGAGAGAGAGAGAGAGAGAGAGAGAGAGAGUGAGAGUUAGAGAGAGUAAGAGGGAGAUGCUGACCCUUGAACUAAUAGUCUGGUACUCGUAGUCACUUUGGUUACGGUUGAGUUGUUGUUCCCGUCUUGUUUGCCUUGCGGUGUUACGCUCUCGAGAGUUUAUACAGGCGCGGUGCCGGGCCAGGCUGGGGCGACCCUGCAGUGCCCCAGACGUCCUGGACACCCGCACUAGUUUUCCGUUGUCGUCGUGAGGGCGGGUGAGUGAGUGAGCACCAGCCCGGCGCAGACUGUGCUGAGUGAGGACGCCUCCCCGCGGUGCGCCUGUCCUGUACAUACGCCCGCCCCCCGUGAAGGACUCAGCAUCUGUGUGUUUGCUUGAAGGCAGUAUAACAUAACGAGAACACUGUAUUUUGUUAUACAAGCUACAAAUGUUCCGUGUUCAGCGUUCCUACAUAUUGUUUUAGUUAUUAGUGUGUAGAGCUAUAUUCAGAAUAGAAUCUUGGCCAUAUAUAUAUAUUAUACAUAUAUAUAUAUAUAUAAAGAAUAUAUAUAUAUAAUUAUAUAAUACUUAGAAAUAUUUACAUAGGAACUCAAGCUGAGUAUGGCAGACAGAAAGAUGAAUUGUCUCAUCUUGGUCCCCAUGAUAUACUAUACAUUAAUUCCUUAUGUUAAUAUGUGUUGGCUGUUCAUGCACUUUUUUCCUGGUACAGACCUUUGUUUGGCAUCUCACAAACAAACAAACAAAAAUGUAUAUGUAAAAAACAAAAAACAAAAAAAAAAAAAUGAAUACAUGCAAAACACUGAAAUAUGCAAAAAAAUGCGAGUGGCACCACAGCAUUGAGAGGGCGAAGGCAGCAGCAGCACCACCACUACCACCACCACCACCACCACCACCUCCAUCACCACCACCACCUCCUUGUUAUGUCUUGCACUGUGUGAGAGAGAGGGAGAGUAGCAGUGAGACAUGCUUCCUUCUGGGGCCUCUAGUCCAUGUCCUGCCCCUGUGUGCCCCUGUAGUCGUCCCUGUGUCCCCUGCCUCACCCACCACCACCCUGCUGCCAUCUGCCCAAGCAAGACACAAGUAUACGAGCUGCCGCCACCGCAGUGUGGUGUGGGGCGCCUCUCGCUGGCUAUAUUUUUGUGGACAAGUGUUGUGGGAGUGUUGUUGGUCUUAUUGUGUGGCACGGCGGUGUGUGAGGAAGGAGUGGAGGUGUCGCGAUGCACACCACUGCUGCCGCCACUGCUAGAUUCAUGUUGACUUUUCCUGCUGCUGGGACGGAGUGACUGGUGCGGAUUAGGUUGCGGUGACCCCGUGUGUGUGUGUGUGUGUGUGUGUGUGUGUGUGUGUGUGUGUGUGUGUGUGUGUGUGUGUGUGUGUGUGUGUGUGUGUGUGUGUGUGUGUGUGUGUCCCUUGACUAUACCAGUUGUUUCCUACUCAGACAUCAGUCUUGUUGUUUUUUGUAUUAUUUAUUUGUCUUGCCAUGAUGAAUGUCCUUGUGUUGAGUACAGUGUUCCUCUCUGCAUGCCUACAAAGCUGUGUCAUGUUUCAAAGACAGUGUAUGGGCCAUUACUUAAGACACACACACAAAUACUCUGAGAUGUCCACUUGUCACAGCCGUUGUCACAUUAGGAAGGAUAAAUCAUUAGUCAAGUCGUGUGAGGACAGAAAGAGAAAAAGUCCCAAGAUACCAGUCACCAUUCAGCCACUCAUCUACCAACCUGAGUGAGUGAUUGGUGGGCCGACUGCAUGCAUGACAGUGAAACAGAUGCCAGUGCCUCUAAUGUUGUCAUCUGAUACCCAUUGUCUCCACCAUACACAGCCCAGUCCACCUCAGCACUCCACUUGUUCCAUACUCCACUUUCAGUCCAAGCCUGAAACUAUUGAUGCAAACAUGACCAUAGCAGCAUUCGUGCCACACGGUCAGGUGUUGGCUUGGUGCUUCAGACUCCUACAUUAUUUCAACUCCUUUCCAGUGAGGACAACUCAAGGGCAGGCUGAUGAAGUAGAUAAAACUUGGUGUAUUCUCCUCUGGUGCUGUUUUGUUGCACACAAGCACCCAGACACACUUCAGCACCAAAUCACUGGGAUAUAUUGUACUUUGAAAUCCUUAUUAUCUUAUUAUUCUUAUUAUCUUAAGGUUAUGAGUCAAAUUUCCCAGCUGUUGCAAAGUGGUCAGCUGCUGGUCCCUGGAACACUAUCAGAACACAAAGCUUGGUACAUAACUUGUACUUCACAACAUCCUUAUUAUCCAGCAUUCCCUUUGCCAUGAUUCAAGUUUCCUAAGCUGUCUGUAGCAUGGCCACUCCUCAUUAUCUUGUUUAACAUUCUCUUUUUCCCUCAUGAGGCUGGACAAUUCAAGAGGCCCCCCCAAAGUUACAUGGUCUCACGAUCUCUUCCCUGACCACCUCGUAGCAACCCUGACAUUGAUGUGUGGCUGUUGACUGGUUGAUGGGGUGUGUCAUUGAGUGCUAAGGCCAAGGCUGCAUCUGUUGAGGGUGUGUGUGUGUGAGGGUGAGGAGCAAACAUCAACAGCCUCCUCCUUGCCAUCCACACACAUUGCCUAUGUUCAUUCUGGGCAGGAUGUUCUGAAGAGAUUUGUUGUGUAGGGCAAGGUGCUGAACAGACUGAUGUGACGUGAAGUGUGUGUGAGGGUGAGGAGGAGGUAUGCAUGGCCUCCUUAUCACUUGUACAGGUCUUAUGUUCAGGCUAUGCAGAGGAUGUUGUAGUAAAGAGAUUUGUUGUGUUGGGCAAGUUGCUGGAAAGAUCAGCAUGCUAUGGAGUGGAGUGCAUCCCUUUAAUCUCAUGCAGUGGUAGAAAAAUUACUCUUUGUGAUGUUAAGUCUAGGGAUUCUACAGUGAUGAGUGUUGCACAGUGUUGCCAGCCAGGAAGAUAGAGUGACACUAGCUAAACUAAUACUGCACAGGAAAAAAAAAAAAGAUAAAUCCUUCCAUUAUUUUUAGGGUCAAAGAAAUAGAUAUCUUUUUUUGUAUACAUAGUUUUAAAAAAAUGCAUGAUUGGUGCAUUAUUUGUAAAAAAUGGAUUUUUUUUCUUUUUCUUUUUUUUAGUGAAUGGUGUGUUGAUGAUGUGCGGUGAUGCUGGAGUGUUUGAAGUGCUGUCACAAGGGGGAUUUCUGGUGCAUGACACUGGCUGGCUUGCUGAAAGAUGUACACUGUUACUUUGCCUGUGUAGGAGAAAAGCUGGGCAGAAGAAUAAAUAGUGAUGGAAAAGAAAAAUGGUGUUCUGUUAUUUCAAAUUGAGGGUCAAGAUAGAUGAAUUUAUAGUUUUGUGUAGAAAAAUUACAUAAGUUUUGACAAUAAAUGGCUUUCUGUUUGUAAAAUGAGAAUAAGUGGGUUUCUGUUAAUCAUCUGUUUUGGAAGAUGAAGAGAUGUGUUUUUGUUCAUGUAGGAUGGCACGUUUUGACAGAUGAACGAGUGGUUUUCUGUAGCAAAGUUGCAGAAGUUAUGACAGAAUAAACGGCCUUCUGUUUGUAGAAUGACCGAAAUUGUGACAAGACAAAUCAAUGUUUUCCUGCCUACACUAGAUGAGACAGGAGGUGGUAACAGGCUAUUUUCCUAUCCAUUUAAGAUCACAUUUCAUCCAUUCAUGCCUCUCUCCUCUUACAUCAGCCAGUGUGUCAUGUACUUAGAAAAACACUUAACACACACACACACACACACACACACACACACACACGUCUUCCCUACACUAAGAACACUUAAAAGUUUCCUGUAUUUAGAACCCAGUUGAUCACAAAGAGCAUUACACCUGGCACUACCCCAGGAAACAAUUGAUACACAGGAUGACUGACUGACUGACUGACUGACUGGUACGAGAGUUAAUGGCUGCCGCGUUUCCCCGCGUGACUGUCCUGGGCGACCCGAUGAUGACCUGAGAGUGCAGCAGGGACCGAGCCAGGCCGCGCGAGGCUCAGCAAGGCCCCUGCUAGAGCCACAACCCCCCAGCCUUUCUGUACUACUACACAACGUUGCCAAACAAUACCGCACAGUGUUCAGUGUAAGUUUCAUUAAAGCAAAUUGAAAAGA